CAGGCCAUGGAGGACGAGGAGCGACAGAAGAAGCUGGAGGCCGGCAGAGCCAAGCUUGCCCAGUUUCGGCAAAAGAAAGCUCAGUCUGAUGGACAGAAUCCUUCCAAGAAGCAGAAAAGGAAGAAAAAAUCAUCAGCCAGAAAAUAUGAAGAUUCUUCAUAUACUUCCAAUAUUGAUCAGUCACAAGGUGAUGAGUUGUACAUGACUGGCUCUCAGAGAGGAGCAUCAGUGACUCCUGAAUUCAGUAUAAUGAGAACUUUACACACUGGAGAAAUAAUCAAACAUGACCAGUCCUACACUAUUGAACCAGAAAGUGAAAUUUCGACCACCGCGGAUGAUUAUAGUUCAGAGGUCAAUGGUUGCAGUUUGGUGAGAGCAGAUAUUCCUACAAAUUUAUUAAUGGAAGAAGAGUUUGGCGUUGGUGAGUCUUGUUCUGAACAAGGAGCACAGUACCCUUCGACACGACUAGCGAUGAUGGAGAAUGAAUUGGUUGGGAAGCAGCAAGAGAUUGAGGAGCUUACCAGAGAGCUAGAGGAGAUGAGGGCAGCGUAUGGCACAGAAGGAUUGCAGCAGCUUCAAGAAUUUGAAGCUGCAAUUAAGCAAAGAGAUGGCAUCAUAACCCAACUUACUGCUAACCUACAGCAAGCAAGAAGAGAAAAAGAUGAGACUAUGAGAGAGUUUUUAGAACUGACAGAACAAAGUCAAAAGUUGCAAAUACAGUUCCAACAUUUACAGGCUAGUGAAACUCUGAGAAAUAGCAGUCAUAGUAGCACAGCUGCAGAUUUACUUCAAGCCAAACAACAGAUUCUCACUCAUCAGCAGCAGCUAGAAGAACAAGACCAUUUAUUAGAAGAUUAUCAAAAGAAGAAAGAAGAAUUCAAAAUGCAAAUUAAUUUCUUGCAAGAGAAAAUUAGAACUUAUGAGAUGAAGGAACAAAAUGAAAAAGUAGAAGAUUCAAGUAAAAAGGAAUUACAGGAAAAGGAAUCAGUCAUUGAAGAGUUAAAAACAAAAAUAAUAGAAGAAGAAAGAAACUCACUUGAGCUGAAGGAUAAGCUAUCAGCUACUGAUAAAUUGCUGGGGGAAUUCAAAGAACAGAUUAUAGAAAAGAACCAAGAAAUAAAUAAUAUAAGACUAGAAUUAACUAAUUCUAAACAAAAAGAAAGACAGUGUUCUGAUGAAAUAAAACAACUAAUGGGGACUGUUGAAGAACUUCAGAAGAAAAAUCAUAAGGACAGCCAAUUUGAAGCUGAUAUGGUGCAAAGAAUGGAACAAGAAACUCAAAGAAAAUUGGAGCAACUCCGGGCAGAGUUGGACGAAAUGUAUGGGCAGCAGAUUGUGCAGAUGAAACAAGAGUUAAUAAAACAGCAUGUGUUACAGAUAGAUGAACUUAAUGCACGACAUAAAGGAGAACUAGAAAAUACUUUAAAAUCAUGUCCAAAUAUUCCAAUAAAUGAAAAUCAGAUACAGUUAAUGAAUAUGGCAAUUACUGAAUUGAAUUUAAAACUUCAAGAUGCUAAUUCUCAAAGGGAAAAAAUAAAAGAAGAAUUAGAAGUAAUUUCAGAAGAAAAGUCUGCUUUACAGAGACAGCUUGAAGACCUUUUUGAAGAAUUAAGCUUUUCCAGGGACCAGGUUCAGAGAGCUAGACAGACAGUAGUUGAGCAGGAAGGUAAACUCAAUGAAGCAUACAAAUUGCUUAGCAGUGUGGAAGAUUUGAAAGCCCAGAUUGUGUCUGCAUCUGAAUCCAGGAAGGAGCUAGAAUUAAAACAUGAGGCUGAAGUUACCAAUUACAAGAUAAAGCUUGAAAUGCUAGAGAAAGAAAAGAAUGCUGUGUUAGACAGAAUGGCGGAAUCUCAAGAAGCGGAAUUGGAAAGACUGAGAACUCAGCUGCUCUUCAGUCACGAAGAGGAGCUCUCUAAACUCCGAGAAGACUUAGAAAUUGAACAUGAAAUAAAUGUAGAAAAACUUAAAGAUAACUUAGGUAUUCACUAUAAACAGCAAAUAGAGGAAUUACAUAAUGAAAUGAGUCAAAAGAUAGAGGCCAUGCAAUUUGAAAAGGACAAUUUAAUAACUAAGCAGAAUCAGUUACUUUUAGAAAUUUCAAAGCUGAAAGAUUUACAGCAAUCUCUUGUAAAUUCAAAAUCAGAAGAGAUGACCCUUCAAAUCAGUGAACUUCAGAAAGAGAUUGAAGUACUCAGACAGGAAGAAAAGGAAAAGGGCACGCUUGAGCAAGAAGUACAAGAGUUACAACUUAAAACUGAAUUUUUGGAGAAGCAAAUAAAAGAGAAAGAAGAUGACCUUCAAGAAAAAUUUACACAACUUGAAACUGAGAAUACCGUUCUUAAAAAUGAAAAGAAAGCUCUGGAAGACAUGCUGAAAAUAUAUUCUCCUAUUAGCAAAGAAGAAAGCUUGAUUUUUGUAGAUUCAGUUAAGCCCAAAUCUGAAGACUGUGACUGGCAAAAAAAAAUUGAUGUACUCCUAGAAGAAAAUGAGAGGCUCACCAAGCAAUGCACUCAGCUAAAUGAAGAGAUCGAGAAACAAAGGAACACAUAUUCAUUUGCUGAAAAAAAUUUUGAGGUUAACUAUCAGGAGUUACGAGAAGAAUAUGCUUGUCUUCUGAAGGUAAAAGCUGAUUUAGAGGACAGUAAAAGCAAGCAGGAAGUAGAAUAUCAAAUGAAGCUGAAGGCUCUCACUGAUGAGCUUUAUCAUUUACAGAAAAGUAAGCCAGUUCUAGUGAAAACUAAAAGUGCAGAUUGUGAAAGCUGUAAAGAUGACAAGCCUUUCACAGCAGAGAUUUCUGAAGUUGGUGAAGUUGUUGAGAAAGAUACUACAGAACUUAUGGAGAAGCUUGAGGUGACCCAGCGAGAGAAAUUAGAACUCUCUGAGAGACUGUCAGAUCUUUCUGAACAGUUAAAGCAGAAGCAUGGUGAAAUUAAUCACUUAAGUGAGGAAGUUAAAUCCUUAAAGCAAGAGAAAGAACAAGUUUUAAAAAGAUGCAAAGAGCUAGAAAUCAUCGUUGGCCAUAGUCGAGCAGAGCAUGUGGAUGAGUUAAAACUUAAGCCGUGCAGUUUUAAAGAUGGUAUUCAAACAGAGGGAAGUAAAGAUUCUGAAAGUCCUGCAUUUAAAAUACAUGAAGAUUUUAGUGAAGGGGCACAGAUCAUAGAGGAAAAUAAAGUUUCAUUUGAAGAUGAGACUGUUAAAAAAGAAAUCAAUCAAGAACUGGGGAAACCUGAAAAGUAUUCACUUUUGGAUCACGUGGACUCUGUGACUGAGCAGUUGGCUGAUGAGUCGUCAUCAUCAUCUUUGGCCAUUGCACAGAGUGAAAAUGACCAGCUUCGGCAGGAGCUCAGUAUUCUGAAAUCUGAACAGGCGGAUUUGAGGCUUCAGAUGGAGGCGCAGCACCUUUGCCUUUCCCUGGUUCAUUCAGCUCACGUGAAGCAGGUGCGUGUCUGCAUGGAGGAGGAGAGAGCAAGUGCGCUAAGCAGCCUUAGAGAGGGACUUGUUUCUGCUCAUGAAGAGGAGAUGAAGGAGCUUCAGAAAAUACAUAUUUUAGAGCUACAGAAUGUAAAGAGACAAGAAGCAGAUGGUGAAGGGAUGUCUUUAGAGAUGCUUAUGGAGAAACUCCACAAGGCAGUGAUUAAGGAAUGCUCUUGUUUUAAUCAGUCUUUGUGCAACAUCCUUGGUACGUGUAACACAGCUCCUUUCAAAUAUGAAGUAAAAGUAAAAGGAGAAAUUCCUGAUAUUUAUUCCUCUGAAGUUCAAGAAGAUAGCCCAGAAUUGCAAAAUUGCACAUUUGAAGUUCAAGACUUGCAAUCAAAUCUGCAAUCUCUUAUUAACAAAAUAGCAGAAGAAUGCAACAAGCUGUUGGCACUUCAAUCACAAAUAACUAAGGAUUGUGAAAAGAUUCAAGAACAACAGGCAGAAAAUGCAAAACUUGAAUUUACAAAAGAGGAGGAAAUGACUAAUCUCAAGACAAUGAAAGCGAAGUGUUUCUCAGUCUCUUCUCAGACAAAAGAUACUGAUGUGAUAGGUAGUUUGCCUCCUUUAGAAGGCAUGGAAAAAUUGAAAAAUCAGCUUGAAGCACAAGAUACUCAAGAGGAAGGACACCUUCCGUGUAAUUUCCAGCCACAGUUGAAAGAGAUUGGAGUAAAGGACACUCCAGAGAACCUCCAUUUGCAAGAGGAGCUUCAGCUGGUUAAAGACCCCAUUCUUCAGCCAAGCUCAUUCACUGAAUCACUGACAAAUAUUAAUCAGGUUGUGCUGAAAACAAAGUAUAUCGAAAGUUGUCUUCAAAAGACUGAAGAUGGUUCAGCAAAGUUUACUAAUGAAACUGGAAUGAAAGAAGAAAUGGAUAUUGUUCAGUUACUGGAAAAACAGCACCAAGAAAGGUUAGAAGAAGAGGUGGCUAAGGUCAUUGUAUCAAUGAGCAUAGCAUUUGCUCAGCAGAGUGAAAUAGCAAGACUUUCUGGGCAAAAGAAGAACAUUGCAUCAGUGACACAAAUAAAUACCUGUCAACGAAAAGAACCCUUUGCAACUGAAACGAAACAUUCUAAAAAUGUGUUUAGCAUACAGGCUUUUGAGGCAGAAGAAAUGAAAUUGAAAGAACUAAAACCUCUCAGCAAAGAGUUGAGUGAAGAAGAAUCCAAGGAAAUUCUUUUAUCCAGUACUAAUAAUCUUGAAAGCACGUUGGAAUUGAAGGACCAAGAAAUAGAUUUUUCAAGAGAAAUGUUCUUCCCAAACAGAGAGUUUAUUUUUACAGAACAUAUCCAGGAUGAGAUUUUGGCAUCAAAUACAGACGCUUCUAGGCAACUGCUGGUACCUGAAGAGCAGUUGGAAGACCUGAGGCAGGAGUUGGUGCGGCAGUACCAGGAGCACCAGCAGGCCACCGAGUUGUUGAAGCAAGCUCACAUGCGCCAGAUGGAGAGGCAGCGGGAAGACCAAGAGCAGCUGCAGGAGGAGAUCCGGAGGCUGCACAGGGAAUUAGCCCAGAGUGCCUCAAUAGAUAAUGAAAACCUGGUUACAGAGAGAGAGAGGGUGCUUUUAGAGGAGCUGGAAACCCUACAGCAGCGAUCAUUAGCUGGAAGAGAGAAGCUGUGUUGUGAGCUGCGCAGCAGCUGUACGCAAACACAGGAUGAAAAUGAGAACCAAGUAGUCGAAGAACAACAAAUUGUUCAGGAUGAAUCAGAGGACAAAUCUCAAACUGUGGCUUCUGACAUUCUCUCUAAAGAAAGAUAUGCUCUCCAGAAAGCUAAUAACAGACUUCUCAAGAUCCUCUUAGAAGUUGUAAAGACAAUAGCAGCAGUUGAAGAAACAAUUGGCCGCCAUGUUCUUGGAAUUUUGGAUCGCUCUAAUAAAGGCCAGUCCUCAGCCAACAUCGUUUGGAAGUCAGAGGCAGAAGGAACAGGGAAGUCCUGCUCCCGUGAGGAAGACAUAGAAGAAGAGUCCAUAGGCUCUUACUGUGGAAGUGGCAUGCCAAGUAAUGCCACUGGCACAUGGUCAGAAAUAACUGAUGAAAGAAUGGAACUGUGUCAGCGUCUUCUGAGAUGCGGUUUUGCUGGAGCUGAAAUAGACCCUGAAAAUGAAGAACUCAUCUUGAGUGUUAGUUCUCGGCUACAGGCAGCAGUUGAAAAACUUCUAGAAGCCAUAAGUGAAACAAGUAAUCAGCUUGAACAUGCCAAGGUUACACAGACAGAGUUGAUGCAUGAGUCAUUCAGACAAAAACAGGAGGCCACAGAGUUUCUGAAGUGCCAAGAAGAGUUACAAGAGCGACUCAAUGAAGAGUUGAAAGCCAGAGAACAGUUGGCUGUGGAGCUUAGUAAGGCAGAGGGUAUCAUUGAUGGCUAUGCAGAUGAAAAAGCUCUUUUUGAAAGGCAAAUUCAGGAAAAAAGUGACAUAAUUGACCACCUUGAGCAGGAAUUGUUAUGUAUAGGUAACAGAUUACAGGAAUUGGAAGCAGAAAGACAACAAAUUCAGGAAGAAAGAGAAUUACUCUCUAGACAGAAAGAUGCCAUGAAAGCAGAAGCAGGACCAGUUGAACAACGGCUAGUAGAUGCUGCAGUCGAUGCAGCACCCGGAGCAGAAUUACUGCAAGAAACAGAAAAGCUAAUGAAGGAAAAACUAGAAGUGCAAUGUCAAGCUGAAAAGGUCUGUGAUGACCUUCAGAAACAAGUGAAAGCUCUGGAAAUGGACAUCGAGGAACAGGUCAGCCGCUUUAUGGAACUAGAACAAGAAAAGAAUGCUGAGGUGAUGGAUCUGAGACAGCAGAACCAGGCCCUGGAGAAACAGCUGGAGAAAAUGAGAAAAUUUUUAGAUGAACAAGCAAUUGAUCGAGAACAUGAAAGAGAUGUGUUCCAACAAGAAAUCCAGAAACUAGAACAGCAGCUGAAGGCCACCCCAAAGUUUCAGCCCAUCAGUGAGCAUCAGACGAGAGAGGUUGAACAGUUAACAAAUCAUCUCAAAGAAAAAACAGACAAAUGCAGUGAGCUGUUGCUAUCUAAAGAGCAACUCCAGAGGGAUGUGCAAGAACGGAAUGAAGAAAUUGAGAAACUGGAAUCCCGAAUAAGGGAACUGGAGCAAGCGUUACUCAUUAGUGCGGACACUUUACAAAAGGUGGAGAACCGAAAACAGUUCGGAGCUGUGGAAGCCAGAGAAUUGCCCUUCGAAGUACAAUUACAGGCAGAACGAGAAGCUUUAGAUAGAAAGGAAAAAGAGAUCACGAACUUAGAAGAGCAGUUAGAGCAGUUUAGAGAAGAGCUGGAAAAUAAAAAUGAAGAAGUUCAGCAAUUGCACAUGCAGUUAGAAAUACAGAAGAAGGAGUCUACUACACGCCUGGAAGAGCUCGAGCAAGAGAAUAGAUUGUUCAAGGAUGAAAUGGAAAGCCUAGGUUUUACUGUACAAGAAUUUGAAGAUAUCUCCACAAAGGACCAUCAUCAGCUGUUUGGGAAAUUUACUCAAAUGAUACAGGAGAAAGAAUUAGAAAUUUGUAGACUAAAUGACCAAAUUACAAAACUUCAGCAGCAGCAGCUUGAAAUUACAACAGAUAAUAAGGUUAUUGAAGAAAAAAAUCAACUGAUACAAUAUCUGGAAUCUCAGCUAGAGUGUCUUAAGAGUGACCAAGAACGUAUAAAGAAAAAUAGUGAAGAAGAAAUAGAACAGUUCAAUGAUGUAAUUGAAAAACUUCAGCAGGAAUUGUCAAAUAUUGAACAGAAGGCACUGGUGGACGGCCCUUCUCUUCCAGAGGAGUCUGACAGUCUAAAACAGCAGCUGGAUGCUCUGAAAGCUGAAAAACUGGCUUUGGAGCAGCAAGUGGAAAGAACCCAAGAAGAGGUGGUCCUCGCCCAGACUGCCCUUGAGGAGACUAAUUUCCAAAUGAAUCAUCUGAAAGAAGAACUGGCCAUCCUGAAGGAAGAGAAGCGUGACCAGGCACAGACUGGAAGUGCCAGGGGCGUGAGGGAGGACAACAGCAAAAACCGACCCGGGGAACUGGUGGCAGCUUUGGAGCCCCUAGAGAGCCAAGCCCCACUCCAGCCCCCAGAAGAAAAGAGCAGGGUCUUUGUCGGCGAUGCAGAGCUGACGCUAGAGCUUACACGGUGCCGUCAGCAUAUGGAGGACAUGAAAGAGCAGGGCCGGGCCGAGAGGGCAGCCCUCCAGGAGGAGGUCAGCAACCUCCAGGAAAUGCUGGAAGAGAAGGUGGCUGCUCUCAUUGUGAGUCAGGCCCAGCUCAGAGCAGUGCAGGAGUACAUGGGCUCCUGGCAGCAGAUGCAAGCACCCUCAGCAGAGCUCUGGGAAGAGGCAGCAUCCCAGCCAUCGGGACCUACCACCAGAACCUCCAAGCCAGGAGGCCAUGUGGCUGAAAUGAAUGAGAAGGAGCCGGCAGAAACUGCAGAGAAAAACACUUUGGAAAAAGACCUUGAGAAGAGCCCGGAGGAGGAAGGGGAAGACACAGGAACAGCUGAGGUAAGAGGAACCAAUGGGGCACUUCAGGAAGAACUAAGCCAAAUUAAGCACCAGCUCAUGGAAGCCGAAAAAAAACUUGAAUGUUAUUCAGAAAAAGAAAGUGAACCCACAGUAUCAGAAAGCAAAAAGUCCUCGUGUGACUUUGGACAGCUUGUUGCUGAAAGAGAUUCUCACCUUCUUGGUAAAAACUCCUCAUCCCAAACAGACAGAAUCCUCUGGGUCAGUAGUGGCAAUCAGACCCCACAGGUCCCUGUUAAAAGUACAGGAAUCCAAAGUGAUUUACAGAGCACCUGUCCAUCAGAAGAAGUCACUGAAAUAAUAAGACAGUUCACCGAAAAAAUUGGCCAAAUGCAGGAACUGCACGCUGCUGAGAUCUUGGACAUGGAAGGCAGACACAUCACUGAGGCCGAGAACCUGAAGAGGGAGCAGUUUGUGGCUGUUCAGCUGCUGACAGAGGAGUGCAACGCCCUGAAGGCGGUGAUCCAGUGCCUACGAACCAAAGAGGGAGUUUCAGUUCCUGGAUCAACACACUCUGACUCUUAUCAAAGUAGAGAAAUGUGUUCCAGUGACUCCGGAUCAGACUGGAGUCCAGGUGCCUGUCUUACACAAAACCAGGGAUUUGAUACAGUAUCAGACGGUCCAGGAGAAGAAGGUGAAAGUUCAACAGAUUCAUUUCCAAAAAAGAUAAAGGGGUUGCUGAGAGCAGUCCAUAAUGAGGGCAUCCAAGUACUCUCUCUCACUGAACCCCCCUACAGUGAAGGAGAUGCCAGUUUUGCUCAGCAAGCUUCAGAAUUUUGGCUGGAAGAAAGAAAAACUUACCUCAAUACAAUCUCAUCUCUUAAGGAUUUAAUUACCAAAAUGCAGGUGCAGAGGGAAACUGAGCUUUAUGAGAGUUCACAGUCCCAUGAAAAUCUUCCAGAUUGGCGAAGUGAAUUUCUGCAUGCCCUUCAGCAAGUCUUUCUAAAGGAACGAAACAUUCUGCUAGCCAUGUUUAAGACGGAUCUGACAUCUCUAGGUACUAGAGAUGUCCUUGGAUUGCUGAACCAGUUGGAGCAAAGAUUACAAGAACAGGGCAUUGAAUACAGAGCUGCCAUGGAGUAUCUUCAGAGUGCAGAUCGAAGAAGCUUGUUGACCGAGAUCCAAACAUUACAGGCUCAGCUGAAUAGUAAAAAGAUGACCAUGAAGAGAGAACAAGAGAGUGAUUCACAAAACCUAGAACUGUUGGAACACAACGUGCAGCAGAAGCAGGCUCAGCUCCUGGAGAUGCAGGUGGAGAUGAGCACACUGAAGGAGAGAGCAGCCGAGCUGCAGGAUGAGCUCAAUUCUGAGAGAGUGAGAGCUGCCGAGCUCCAGGAUGAGCGCGCACAAGCCAAGCUGGAGCUCGAAACAACACUCAAAGCCCAGCACAAGCACUUGAAGGAGUUAGAGGCAUUCAGGAUGGAAGUCAAAGAAAAAACAGAUGAAGUUCAUCUGUUAAAUGAUACAUUAGCCAGUGAACAGAAAAAAACAAGAGAGCUUCAGUGGGCUUUGGAGAAGGAAAAAGCCAAGUUGGAACGUAGCGAGGAAAGGGAAAGAGAAGAACUUGAGGAUCUAAAAUAUUCACUGGAAGGUCAAAAACAAAGGAAUGUUCAAUUAAAUCAACUUUUGGAACAACAGAAGCAGCUCCUGAGUGAUUUGCAACAGAAAAUAGUGUCCCAGGGAACUCUGUAUGAUGCCCAGAUAUCAGAAGAGCGAAGCCAAAAGUCAGAGCUUCAAGGACUGCUUGAAUCAGAGAAAAUUCGAGUUCUAGAAAUGCAGGAGACCCUUGAAAGGGAAAGAGAAUUACAUGCACAGCUUCAGGCUCAUGAUGACCGUGAGCAGGACAAGGCGUCCACAUCAGGGGAAGACGUGCUCAAAGAUCUGCAGAAACAACUGUAUGAAAAGCACAACCGCAUAGUAGAGCUGGUCAGUGCAAUUGAAAAAUAUAAACUGGACUCUUUGCAAAUGAGACAGCAGGUGGAGAAAGAUAGACAAAUCCACAGGAAGACAUUGCUCACGGAACAACAGGCCAGCACUGAGGGACUAAAAAAGAUACAUGAGCUGCAGUCAAAAAUGGAAGACCUCCAUUGGCAGCUGGAAGAGAAAAGGCAACACAUUUAUAAAUUAGAACUCGAAAGAAAGAGAUUACAAGAAAUUAUACAGGAGCUUCAGAAGCAGGAACGAGAGAAGGAAGAAAAAUUUGAAACUGGAAGAGUAUCAUAUCAGAAUCUCAAUGAGCCAACCACAUGGGACUCAUCCAGUGAUCGAACAAGAAAUUGGGUCCUCCAGCAGAAAAUUGAAGGAACUGAGAAAAAAGAAUCAAGUUAUCCCCCAUUGAUUGAGAUGAAUGGGGGUGUAACGACUGAGGAUAUCCGUGAACUAGAGACCAUUAGACAAAAGCUGCAGCUCAUAUCAUCGAAACUACAGCAGCUGGCCCACAAAACCUCUAGCAGGUUACAGUUUGAACCAGCAGAUGAUGAAGAUUUUAUUUGGGUCCAGAAAAAUAUUGAUCAUGUUCUUUUACAAUUACAAAAGUUUACUGGAUUAUCCCAGCAAGAGGAGCCCACUUUGGUAUCACCAGGCAUUUCCUGUAGCUCAUUGACUGAAAGGUUACUGAGACAAAAUGCUGAACUGACAGGACAUAUCAGCCGGCUGACUGAGGAAAAGAAUGAUUUGAGAAAUGUGGUUAUGAAGCUGGAAGAGGAGAUCAGGUGGUUUCGACAGGCAGGACCUUGUGGAGACUAUUCUACUCGCCAUUCAUUCAAUCAUGGUACUAACAUUGAAGCAGUUAUAGCUUCUGAGAAGGAAAUCUGGAACAGAGAAAAGCUGGCUCUCCAGAAGUCCCUGAGACGGGCUGAAGCCGAGGUAUGCAGACUGAAGGCUGAGCUAAGAAACGAAGCUUUGUUGCAAGACUUGAACCCCAGCUCAGAAAAUGCCAUCUUAAAGAGAGUUUAUGGCAAAUAUUUGAGAGCAGAAAGUUUUCGGAAAGCUCUCAUCUAUCAGAAGAACUACCUGCUGCUCUUACUUGGUGGGUUCCAAGAAUGUGAAGAUGCUACUCUGGCCCUCAUUGCACGAAUGGGAGGGCAGCCCUCCUGUACCGACCUAGCAGCCAUCACAAACCAGUCCAAAGGUUUCACCAGGUUUCGAUCAGCCGUUAGAGUGUCUAUUGCAAUUUCAAGAAUGAAGUUCUUGGUUCGCAGAUGGCAUCGGGUAACAGGCUCUUGUUCCAUUAAUAUUAAUAGGGAUGGCUUUGGACAGAAUCCAGGUACGUUUUGGGUCACUUUAGGCACAGAAAAAAGUGAUCCAUUUUAUCCUUCUCCUGGCGGGCUGGAGCUGUGUGGAGAACAGAGACAUUCCUCUUACCGGUCAAGAUCCGAUUUGGACUGCCCCAGGUCUCCUUUACACUUUCAGCACAGGUACCAAGGCCCCACUGCUGACCUAAAUCCUGGAUCCCUCGCAUGUUCUCAACUUCAGAAUUAUGAUCCUGACCGAGCACUGACAGAUUAUAUCAGUCGGUUAGAAGCACUGCAGAGGAGACUUGGAAAUGUACAGUCAGGGUCAACAGCUUCAUACACUCAGUUCCAUGCUGGCAUGAGAAGAUAAUCCCUUGAACAGCAUCAUCAGUUGUAGUAACUUGAAAUAACUGCCUUUUGUAAAUUGAUGCAUCUUUUGUGCUUUUGUAUCAUGUAUAUUUAAUGGGACCAACAUGAACACAGCUCUACGAUUGUAUACAAUUCCCUUGCCAACACAUCUAAGCAAACUGGAAUUUAUGUAUAUAAGCAUUGUGUGUUCAUGCACAGCAAUCACUAAAUUACAUGUAUAUUUGUGGAAUGCUAAUUUAAAUGAUUAACUUAUGGAACCAUGACUCAUGUAUUUAUCAAAGGGAUAAAGAGAUGAAACUUGUGCAUAUAAUUACUGAUGAAAUGUGUAGCUUGCAGUGUCCUGUACUUUUAUUGCAAGACUACUGAAGUUACAUGAUUCUGUCCUAAUAUAUUUGCUACUGGCAGUGCAGACAGAAAAUCGCACUUGUAGAGACCUAUUUUUGUAAUGGUAGACGUUUUGAAUUUUAUGGGGGUAUUUUGUCAAAGUACUGAAAUAAAAAAAAAAACAACUUCAUUUUAA